UGGGGCUAAAGGGGGGAGCAGACAGCCAGAAUUAAGCAAUUGAGAUGAAUUAAGUUCAGAUGGUAACAGACACCCUGUAGAAAACAAAGUGACACAGGAAGAUCACUCCAGGUGGGGUGGUCGGGGACGGCCCCCUUUGAGGCGUCAUCUGAUCUGAAGCUAGUGACACACAGCUUAACGUCCAAAAGGAAAACGAGUCACCGAAUUUCAAGCGUAGUCGCCGCUGAAGCUCUGGGCAGGAUUCGGGAAAUAAGCAGGUGUUAGAGGCGUGCUCACUCACACUCAACUGAGACUUUCUGCAAAGACAGAAAGACGCCAAGAGAAGGGAGCACCUCUCACGAUGUGACUCCAGGAUGUUUAAUUCUGUCUCUACCAACUUAAAUCAAAUGGGGGCCCCAACGGAGAGCACCUCGCUCUCCAAGAAACGCCGCAACACAGAACGUGGGGAUGGAGGCAAGUUGUAACGACCCCGGCUCACAAGUUAGUUCACCGAGGCCAGGGAAAGUCAAACCGCUGGCCCAGGGCAGGCCGGGGACUGGAACCCUGGACGCUGCUCCCACGUCCCGUCCCGGAGGGUCCAGAAUAGGUGGCUCCCAGCGCGGGCUGGAGGAUGAGGCUCCGGGCGGAACUGGGACGUCUCUCAAUCCUGCGAUCCGUACUCCAGGUCUCCCGGUGGCCCGGGAGAGCCCAAAACGCGGAACAGCGGAUCCCCGGAGCGGAAUAAAAAGCGCGGCUACAGGACAUGAGCAUGCGCAGUAGCCCGGCCCAGAGAGGCCUUGCGAGGCGCUGGGGGAGGGUCAUCCGAAACUGACGUUCACUACGUCGGCGUCAGCGCCCCGUAGGGAGGAGGGCGACGACUCCAUCCGCCAUGUUGGAUGCCGCAGAUUCGCCAUAAGCUCGCCGGCUCUUUUCUUAAAAAAAUAAAAAUAAAAAGCGAAGCAUCAGCGGGUCACCCCGCCUUCUCGGUCGGCACAGGACGGGGCCCGGAAGAGCCCGAGGCUUUUUUUUCCUCUGCGGUGGGGGCGUUGCCAUGGAGACGCAGGAGGCAGAAAACACUGCCAUCUUCAUGUGUAAAUGUUGUAACCUUUUCUCACCGAAUCAGUCGGAGCUCCUCUGCCACGUUUCUGAGAAGCAUGCGGAAGAAGGGGUGAACGUUGAUGAGAUCAUCAUUCCCCUCAGACCUCUCAGCACUCCUGAGCCCACUAACCCGAGCAAAACUGGAGAUGAGUUUUUGGUAGUGAAGCGGAAAAGAGGCAGGCCGAAGGGGUCCACGAAGAAGCCCUGUGCUGAAGAGGAGCUGACAGAACAUGUCGCGACUCCAGCUGAGGGCAGUCCGUUGGCGUCAGAGGAAGGGAACAGCCUAGCACCAAGCACCUUGGAGUGUAGCAAAUGCUGCCGGAAGUUCUCUAACACCCGCCAGCUGAGAAAGCACAUCUGCAUUAUAGUGCUGAAUUUGGGUGAGGAGGACGGAGACGCAGGUAAUGAGUCUGACCUUGAACUGGAAAAAAAAUAUAAGGAAGACGAUCGAGAAAAGGCCUCGAAAAGACCCCGGGCACAGAAAACGGAGAAAAUCCAGAAAAUCUCCUCGGGAAGGGAGACUGGGCAGCUUUCUGGAGUGAAGAAGCCCAUCAUAAGCGUGGUUCUAACUGCACAUGAAGCUAUUCCAGGUGCUACCAAGAUUGUUCCAGUGGAAGCAGGGCCCCCGGAAACAGAGGCAGCGAACCCCGAGACCACUGUGGCAGACCUGGCGCAUCGCAGAGGGUACCAGGAGUACGCCAUCCAGCAGACGCCAUAUGAGCAACCGAUGAAGUCAAGCAGGCUAGGCCCCACUCAGCUCAAGAUCUUCACGUGUGAGUACUGCAACAAGGUCUUCAAGUUCAAGCACUCUCUGCAGGCACACCUGCGGAUCCACACCAAUGAGAAGCCCUACAAGUGCUCCCAGUGCAGCUACGCCAGCGCCAUCAAGGCCAACCUCAACGUGCACCUGCGCAAGCACACGGGGGAGAAGUUCGCCUGCGACUACUGCUCCUUCACUUGCCUGAGCAAGGGCCACCUCAAGGUGCACAUCGAGCGGGUGCACAAGAAGAUCAAGCAGCACUGCCGCUUCUGCAAGAAAAAGUACUCGGACGUCAAGAACCUCAUCAAGCACAUCAGGGACGCGCACGACCCGCAGGACCAGAAGGUCAAGGAGGCCUUGGACAAGCUCUGCCUGAUGACCAGGGAGGGCAAGCGGCAGCUGCUCUACGACUGCCACAUCUGCGAGCGCAAGUUCAAGAACGAGCUGGAUCGCGACCGCCACAUGCUGGUGCACGGUGACCAGUGGCCCUUCGCCUGUGAGCUGUGCGGCCACGGCGCCACCAAGUACCAGGCGCUGGAGCUGCACAUCCGGAAGCACCCGUUCGUCUAUGUCUGCGCUGUGUGCCUCAAGAAGUUCGUCAGCUCUGUCAGGCUGCGUGCCCACAUCAAAGAGGCGCACGGGGCUGCCGAGGAGGCCGCCGUCUUCCACAGCUCCGUCAACCAGAGCUUCUGCCUGCUGGAGCCUGGAGGGGACAUCCACCAGGAAGCCUUGGGGGACCAGCUGCAGCUGGCAGAAGAGGAGUUGGUGUUCCAGGGGGUGAAUGCCCCCAAAGAGGCGGCCUGUCCUGCAGAUCCUCGGCCUGAGGAGGGCCAGAAGGAGCCGGAGGCCCCUGUGGAAAUCCCUGCCCCGGCCGAGCACUCAGCUACCCCUCCGGCCGAAGGUGCCGCCCUGCCCCCCUGCGAGCUGGGAGCCACUGUGGUCUCAUCGGCCCUUCCGUCACCUGCGGUGGUUUCCGAUGACUUUCUCUUGAAAAACAAUACCUCCUCCACUGCUGAGGCUCACGCCGUGCCUGAAAAGACCGUGGACCCCCAGCAUGGAGACCCAACCCAAACUCAGGACGAAGGGAUCGCACUACUGCUGUCUAAGGACAAAGGCGCUAGCCCGCACCAGGAGCCCCAGGAUGCAGAGAGCCCUCCGUGCGAAGGGCAGGACACUGCUGCCCUCCCACCCACCAGCCCAGACCCUAGUGGGUAUCUCAGGUCAGGCCCAGCUGAGGCCUCUGAACUUCUUCCUCCCGUGGCGGGUGGUGGGGAUGCCAUCAUCUGCCAGCCCGACUCCUGCAAACCUGCCUCAGAGCCCCAAAGUGACGUUACCCCCUUCAUGAAGAUCCUAAACAGUUUACAGAAGAAGCAGAUGAACACCGGCCUGUGUGAGAGGAUCCGGAAGGUGUACGGAGACCUGGAGUGUGAAUACUGUGGCAAACUUUUUUGGUACCAAGUGCACUUCGACAUGCAUGUCCGCACCCACACCCGAGAGCAUCUGUAUUAUUGCUCACAGUGUCAUUAUUCUUCCAUCACCAAAAACUGCCUUAAACGCCACGUAAUUCAGAAACACAGUAACAUCUUGCUGAAGUGUCCCACUGACGGCUGUGACUACUCGACUCCAGAUAAAUACAAGCUGCAGGCACAUCUUAAAGUUCACACAGAGCUGGACAAAAGGAGUUAUUCUUGUCCUGUGUGUGAAAAGUCUUUUUCAGAAGAUCGAUUGAUAAAGUCACAUAUCAAGACCAACCAUCCUGAGGUCUCCAUGAGCACCAUUUCCGAGGUUCUCGGGAGGAGGGUACAGCUGAAGGGGCUAAUUGGAAAAAGAGCCAUGAAGUGUCCGUACUGCGAUUUCUAUUUCAUGAAGAAUGGCUCAGACCUGCAGCGUCACAUCUGGGCUCACGAAGGUGUGAAACCCUUCAAAUGUUCUUUGUGCGAGUAUGCAACUCGUAGCAAGAGUAACCUCAAGGCUCACAUGAACCGUCACAGCACUGAGAAAACCCACCUAUGUGACAUGUGUGGCAAGAAAUUCAAAUCAAAAGGGACGUUGAAAAGUCACAAGCUCCUUCACACAGCUGACGGGAAGCAGUUCAAGUGCACGGUGUGUGACUACACGGCGGCCCAGAAGCCACAGCUGCUGCGGCACAUGGAACAGCAUGCCUCCUUCAAGCCUUUCCGCUGUGCUCACUGCCAUUACUCCUGUAACAUUUCCGGCUCUCUGAAGCGGCACUACAACAGGAAGCACCCCAACGAGGAGUACACCAACGUGGGCACCGGGGAGCUGGCGGCCGAAGCACUGGUUCAGCAAGGUGGUUUGAAGUGUCCCGUUUGCAGCUUUGUGUAUGGCACCAAAUGGGAGUUCAACAGGCACUUGAAGAACAAACACGGGCUGAAGCUGGUGGAAAAUGAAGGAGACCCCAAGUGGGAGCCAGCAACAGAAACUCCUGAAGAACCGUCUACCCAGUAUCUCCACAUCACGGAAGCCGAAGAGGACGUUCAGGGGACACAGGCAGCCGUGGCCGCGCUCCAGGACCUGAGAUACACCUCCGACAGUGGUGACAGACUCGACCCCACAGCUGUGAAUAUCCUCCAGCAGAUCAUCGAGCUGGGCACCGAGACCCACGAUGCCACCGCUGUGGCCUCGGUGGUUGCCAUGGCACCAGGGACCGUGACUGUCGUGAAGCAGGUGACGGACGAGGAGCCCAGCUCCAACCACACGGUUAUGAUCCAGGAGACCCUGCAGCAAGCGUCCGUGGAGCUGGCCGAGCAGCACCACCUGGUGGUGUCCUCCAACGAUGUGGAGGGCAUCGAGACAGUGACGGUGUACACGCAGGGCGGCGAGGCCUCCGAGUUCAUCUUCUACGUGCAGGAGGCUGUGCAGCCCGCAGAGGGGCAGCCUGCGGAGCCUCCCGGCCUGGAGCUCUAGGGCCAUGCGGCACGGCCGCCAGGGGCACACACCAGGGCGGGAGCCUCCCAG